UCUUCCACGACCACGAGUUGAUGCAUCUUUGCAACGGCAACAGUAUGGGGAGCCCGUACAUGUGCACGACCAGCACGGUGCUGGUUCGGUCGAAUAAGCGCAGUUACGAAAGAUGAAUAUCUUCACCAUUGCUGUGCCAAAAAUUUGCUGGUUCCACUUCCACCGGGGGAAUACGUAAAGCUGUCGUGGAGCUUGUGGCGAUCCUAUAGAGCAGCGCCAUGCAUCACAAACAGAACCAAGCGUGAUAACGGUAGGCUUUAAUUAUCAUGAUACCAAAACUUCAAACAUAUAUUACUGGAGCCACCAGUAGAUAGCACAAUAUCAAAAGUGCUAUCACUCUUGUUAGCCCCUGCACAUCAACCAGAAUCCACUGUGAGCAUAGGCAUACCUAGUAUCCCUUUCUCUAGAAAGGCGUGCCUGCUUGUACAGUGGACAAGAAACAUUUAGCUAUGUAGGAGCACCUUUUCAAGCGGAAAAGAAAUUCUAAAAUGGAACUACAAUGUUGACCUCCUUUUGAGGCGGAAAAGGAAAUCAGUUGAAAAGUAGAAUAACAAGAGAGAAACAACCAGUGGACCAACAUUUUAUUGCACCCUCGAGCUGGAAGCGGGUAAAUUUUGCAAAAGGCAGAACACUCGUGGUCCGCGAUACGAAAUGGUGCGUCUUGCGGCCCUUGCGGCAGGACAAACUACAUGUACUUCUACUGAACGUAUGGCGCCGCGGCCCACAUAUUUCGUACAGGGACAGGAGUAACACAACCGGCGCCCACUACAAAUCAAACGAAAAUUGUUGAGCGAGCUCUACUCCGAGCUUGCAAAAAACAAUGAAAAAACACCGGGUCACAGUUCUUGACUAUGACACGAUGACGGACCCACUAUGAGACCUCCAAGUAGAGCCUCUCACCCUCAUCGAUUGGAACUGCUUUUUGUACAUUAUUCAAGCGUUGUAGACCUCAGCUUCAAGAAUUCGAAUGUGUGCUGCGCCCGCACACGACGCUGCGCCGAGAACCCAC